AUGGCCUCCUCUGCUGCCCCUCUGAUCUUCCGCCUUGCUGGGGACCCCAAGACCCCCGGCCCGGCCCUAGGCCACCUUCAGGGCGAGGUCAGACCCGCUGCCCACGGGGAGGGGGCUGCGACUGCAAACACCUGCAGGCCUGGUCCAGCCCGCGAUGCCCUCGCCCACGGACGUCCCGGAAGCCCUGCCAGCCGCUGCGCCCUCGGGGCGGAGCUGGACGAGGCCUGCGGAGGAAGUUCCUCCCGGGAGGGCGGGGCGGAGGCCCUGGUCUGGGUCCGCCUCUGCGCGGGGCCUGGCUCCGCCCCCGAAACUUGCCGCGCUGCUCCCAGUAGCCGGGGCUGCCGCUGCCGCUCCCACGCGGACUGA